AUGAAUACACAUUCAUUGUCUUUGAGAUUGUUUCAGGAAUUUGCUCUUGAAACGGUAGACAUUGAAACUAAUGCGGAAACUUUUCCCAAUGAAAUCGAUAACAAUGUCAAUCAUCCAGGAAGACGAGACUUCAACAACGAGAUGAAAAAGUUGACCAAUUUCGUCCCAAAGGCUAAGGCCUUAUCAAAGUUCAGUAAAAUCUUUGGCGAUAUCGUGAAUCCUUUCGAUGGUACUAAUCAUCUAGAUUUUCUCGAAAAAUUUGGCAAAAGUUUAGUUUGUCUUGGUGGAUAUUCACGAUUAACUAAUUAUCCUUCGAGUCAUUUCAUUUUCUCAUCAUUGAUUGAGAUCGCCAAUUGGAUUUUAGUGAGUCGACUUAUCAUAUUAUCGAUAACUUCUGAUUAUAUGUUAUCCUUUUAUCUUGGUGACAUUUUCUAUGGGACCAAAACGCGUUUUCACAUGAAUGCUGUCAUUGCGAUUGGUUCGAUUAUGCUUGGAGUUUCACGGACAUUCUCGUACUGGUUAGAACAAUUGGAUCAGAUGAAAUGGUUAAGUUAUUUUGCUGAUAUUCAGAAACAUGGAUUUCGAGCCGAUAUGCUCCAUAUUUCGCAAGGGGACUUGAAAAUACUUCGAAAUCGAAUUUACCUGGGGAGACAGUUUUUCACCUUUUUUACACCCAUAACAAUCCUAGUUCUUGGAUUUAUAUUCACUUAUUCAAUUAUUAACAAUCCAGUUUCUUACUCAUCACCCAGUCGACUUGCGUUUAUCCUUUUAUGGACAGUGUCCACUUUUAUUGCUGCAGUUGGAGCGGUUAUUUCGGUUUUAUGGCUUAUUGUUCACAUUUACGUAUUAAUUGUUUACACAAUCUUACGACUGGAUUAUGUUGAUCGACUUGCUAGUGGACUACUUAAAUUACCAGUUAUUCCCGUUAAUUUAAUUCGUUCAUUGGUUAGUGAACAAAUUCAACUGUUUAAUGCAAUAGAUGCAAUUGAUAGUCAACUGCGAAACUUUUUUUUCUUUGGCUACAACUUUGCUGCUUUUGGGACGGAUUUUCUUUUGUAUGUGGCCUUUACUAUGCCGAAGGACAAUUUGUUCAACAAUAUUCUUGUCUUUGGUCUUGGGGUCGAGGUAACAUUUAUAAUUUGUAUUAUCGUUUAUCUUUCAGGGACCAUUCAUAUCAGGACACAUCAAACAUAUCACACAUUUCAUUUGAUAAUUGAGAAAAGUAUCAACAAUUUAACAGAGAUUGAAAAUCGUCCAAAUUUUAAGGUUCUGAGUUUACUUGAACGCAUUGGUGGUCCAGUUAUCGGAAUUUACAUCGGUGAUAUGUUCCCGUUAACAUAUUUUCAAUUUGUUACCUUUCUUUUAGAAAAUGCAAGUUUGAUGUUACUUUUAGCUGGAACUAUGGCGAAUAUCCUAAAAUAA